AAAAUCGUGUCGAAAUUUUGCCAAAUCGCACUACCUGCAAGUUGUGAUCAACAUGAAGGUCCUGGUCGCUCUCUCCGCCAUCUUGGCCGUUGGCCUGGCCGCCAACGUCAACCUCAGGCCCGCUCACAAGUUCAAGCCUGUUUUGAAUGCCAUUCCUCCCAAGAGCAACCGCAUUGUCGGCGGCCAGUUGGCCACCCGCGGCCAGUUCCCCUACCAGGCCGCUCUGAUCAUCGACGGCGGAGUUUUCUGCGGAGGUUCCCUCGUCUCUGAAAACUUUGUCCUGACCGCUGCUCACUGCGCCGACGGAUUCAGCAGCUGGCAGGUCCACUUGGGCGCCCAGUCCUUGUCUGCCACCGAAGAUGGCCGCGUCAUUCUGGAAAGCACCACCGCCAAGAUCCACGAGCAGUACGACCCCUUCCUCAUCGAGAACGACGUCGCCCUGAUCACCCUCCCCUCCACCGUCGUUCUAUCUCAAUACAUCCAGACCAUCCGUCUGCCCGCCAAGUCCAACACUGACCUUUACGAGGGCGUCACCGCCAGGGCUUCCGGCUGGGGCUUGACCUCGGACGCCUCCAGCUCCGUCAGCGACACGCUCAACUUUGUUGACCUGCCCACGAUCACCAACCAGGAGUGCACCGACAUCUACGGAAUCAUCUUCGACUCCAACAUCUGCACCAGCGGCGCUGGCGGACUCAACAUCUGCAGCGGAGACUCUGGCGGCCCCCUGGUUGUCCCUGAGGCCGACGGUGAACUCACCCUGAUCGGUGUCACCUCCUUCGGCGCCUCCAUUGGCUGCGAGCAGGGUCUGCCCGCUGGCUUCUCCAGAGCCAGUUCCUUCAUCACCUGGAUCGAAACUAACUCUGACGUUGUUGCCAGGCCUUAAUUUUAAAUAAAGAGAUUAAGAUUCAACUGUA